CUUAGAUAAAAGGAUCAAAGUUCUCUAAUAAUAUAAACACAUCAGAGGAUUUAAAAUGGGAAACAAAGUUGGAGUGUUUACCGAUGAACAAAUAGAAGCAUAUCAGGACUGUACCUUUUUUACGAAAAAAGAAAUUUUAAGGAUAUUUAGUCGCUUUAGGGAUCUUGCUCCGAAUGCCGUGCCUAAAGUGAUGAAUAAUGUCGACACAAGCAGGAUUCGAUUACCAUAUCAACAGAUUCAAAUGAUGACAGAACUAAAGGAAAACCCUUUCUGUCGGCGGAUCUGUCAAGUCUUCUCGGAGGACGGGAGCGGAGAUUUAUCAUUUGAGGAUUUCCUGGAUCUGUUCUCUGUGCUUAGCGAGGUAGCGCCACGAGAACUCAAGGCAGUGUAUGCCUUUAAAAUCUACGGCACUGUUAUAUUUACAGAUUUCGACGGCGACAACUACCUUGGAAAGGAAGAUUUACAAUGCACCUUAAAGUGUUUGACCAGGAACGAAUUAUCCGAAGAAGAAUUGAACUUUGUUGUUGAAAAGGUGUUAGAAGAAACAGAUCUAGACGAUGACGGAAAAUUGUCCUACAUCGAGUUCGAACACGUCAUCUCAAGAUCACCUGACUUUAUGACUCCAGGCUUUCUGAUAUCAUUGACAGUUGUCUUUUCAAUAAAAAUGGAACUCGUAAAUUUACUUACCUUAUCAUUGGUCAUUUGCAAAUUAGAAUUUACGAUGAGGCUGGCGAUCAUUUUGCUGGCGGCCAUCUUAACUUACUCAGAUGCCAGGUUACAGCUGUCAAAACAGUCCUACUUAAGAUUCCCCUACCAGUACGUCAACGGAGACCCCACCAAUCCAAGAUACGGGCUUUUACAAAAUGCCGCCCACAAGGCCGCUUAUCACACUGUUGAUAAAAUUUUAUAUGUUGCUUCUGCCAGAUCAUCCGAGAAGUACCUCCACAUCAUUGAUAUGAACAACCCAGCCAGUCCCUCCAUCUUGAUGACCCACGUGUUCGAUAACAGCGUGGAUGGUAUGAUCACAGCAGUCGACGCAUGUUCAGACACCAUUGCCGUUUCACUGGCUGCUGCCGAUCCCGUGGCCGAGGGUCACGUGGAACUUUAUACUCCUUAUAAUAGAGCUGACCGAGUUUUUACAAGAAUUGGAAGAAUAACGGUUGGAGUAAAUCCCAGAGAUAUUAAGCACACCAGCGAUUGUACAAGACUGGUUGUAGCCAAUGGUGGUUCCGUUGCUCUUAAUCCAGUAUCGAACACUCUGAGUGACCCCGAGGGUUCCUUAACCAUCAUCAUCAGAAAUGACCAGGGAUUCCCCAUUGAAGUCAACAUGGAUUUCACUCAGCUUAAUGACAGAGUCACAGAUUACAUUAAUAAUGGUGUUCGAUAUGUUUUCCGUGGAGAUCACUCUGCUGGAAUUGUCAACACUUUCUCACAGGAUCUCGAGCCCGAAUCAGUUACCAUCAGCAAUGAUGAUAGAUUCGCCUUCAUUUCUUGUCAGAGAAAUAAUGCCGUUUUGAAGAUUGACAUGUUUAACCAGAGAAUUAUUGAGCUUUAUUCUCUGGGUGCCAAGAAUUGGACUAGUUAUACGAUGGAUGCUAGCGAUCUGAAUGACGCUGCUAACAUGCGUCAUCAUACCGUCUACUCCUUCUAUCAGCCUGGAAAACUUGCCUUUGGCUUGAUAGACGGCAAGGGGUACGUGAUUUCCGCUGACACCGGUAGAACUACCUCGUAUACUGUUAAUAACCACGGCUAUGCCUUCAACGAUUUCGUGAGAGCACGAGUAGCUUAUAAUGACGGAGAUUUGGACACAACUACAAUGAACCCUACACUUGUACAACAAAUACAGGAUAACCAACAACUAGGAAGGGUAUACAUGAGCAAUCAAGAUGGAUAUAACAUUUUUAACAAAAUCGGUGACGUUUUCCUGUUUGGUGGGCGUGGUAUUUCUUUGUGGGACUCUACCACCAUGGCCCACGUAUUUGACAGUGGGGAUGAUUUGGAGAGGAGGGCCUCGCAGUUAUACCCCAGUACAUUUAAUGGAGACUGUUCCAAUGGAAACCAAUCUCCAACACAGCAGGUUGACGAAAGAUCAGACGACAUGGGCCCUGAGCCCAGUGCUUUGGCCGUGGGAACGGUUGGAACCACACCUGUUCUCGUUACGGGCUCUAGGAGUGGUGUCUUGUACGUCUUUAACAUGAGGGGAGUCAGCGCCAACUUUGAGAGUGCUCACCGCGAGGGAAGUACCAACGACAUCUGGAACAACCUGUACGGCACCAACACGGCAGGAGAUCAACAGAUAUCUGAAAUAGGAUUCGUUAAUGCUGGUGACAGUUCUACGGGAGUUCCCUAUAUCUUCGUCAUCGGAAAAACCACUGGAUCACUUUCUAUUUAUAAUAUUGAAGAUGUACCAGACACAAAAUAAAAA